CCCUAUAUAAGAGGUGUCUGUUAAAGGCAUACACUCUCUGUUAAACCAGAAACAGCAAACAUGGCAAGAAGGAGUUACAUGCAAGGCAUCGUAUUAUCCUUCAUUCUCUUUGGUGUUGGUUGUGUACACUGUGAAAAUAUUGCAGCUGGGACAAAUUACACUUUUAAGCCAGCAAUACCAGGAGUUAUUGAACUGGGGGUCUGGAAACACAGUGGCUAUUUGGUGGUUGACUCAGAACUUAAAUCUGAGCCUUUCUGGUAUCAUUAUAAAGAACGAGCACAUCUUAACACUGAGACUGGAGACCUCACACUUCAAGUGAAGAAGGAAGAUAGUGGUGUAUUUCAGGCCCAUCUCCAGGUGCAAGGAACUCUGAAGUAUUUUGAACGUAUGAUUAUAGUGAUUGAUCCAGUUCCUGAGCCCAAAGUGACUUGUGAGCAGAAUGAGCUAGAUAUAAGACUUCUGUGUUCAGUGAACCCUCCAAUGCAGGCAGAAUUUACAUGGUCCGGACCAAACGGGUUCUCUCAUGUUGGGAAUAGUGUUAAUAUCACCAGAAAUCAAAAUGAUGACUCAAUCUAUUACUGCACUGCAAAAAAUAAAGUGAGCCAAAAGGAAGCAGAGUUCAAACUUAAGGACUGUGUUUCUGAUGGUUGUGUACACUGUGGAAAUAUUGCAACUGGGACAAAUUACACUUUUAAGCCAGCAAUAUCAGGAGCUAUUGAAGUGGGGGACUGGAGAUACAAUGGAGAGUUGGUGGUUGAGUGGGAAUCUAAUCUAAUCUGUCUGGUAUGGUAAUUACAAAGAACGAGCACAUCAGCACAUCUUAACACUGAGACUGGAGACCUCACACUUCAAGUGAAGAAGGAAGACAGUGGUGUAUUUAAGGCCCAACUCCAGAUCCAAGGGACUCUGAAGUAUUUUCAACAUACGCUUACAGUAAUGGGUAUGUGAGUCUUGGUUCAGAAAGACAGACCUAAGGGCAAAAAAGGACAAAAACACAGAGCCAUGUAAUUAAUGAAAUAAGUACUAUGAGUCAGUAUAGAUCAGAUAAAAUUAUUUUGCAACAUAUAUCUCUUACCAGCUAAAAGACACUAUAUAUAUUUUACACACCUUUAUACCAUAAAAGAUUUUAUGCUCUAUUUAUUCAAACAGAUCAACCCAGCCACUGAAGAGUUAACUCUCAGUGCCGGUCCCUAGCCUGGAUAAAAUGGGAGGGUUGUGUCAGGAGGGCCAUCUAGGGUAAAACCCAUGUCAAAUCGAAACAUGCAGACCAAAUGAUCCGCUGUGGCAACCCCGAACAGGGAGCAGUCGAAAGAACAAUAACAACAUUUAUACAAACAGAUCAAGAGCAGUUUUUUUGGCCUCCUUUAUUAGGACAGGUCACCCCAUGCCAUUAUAUUUGCGACUUGUUAUUUUUGUUGAUUUUGUACUUUUACAAAUUUCAAAUUCCAAAUCCAGGUUCUUAUGAAAUGAGAUCAAUAAUUAAUCAUUUUUUAUGUAACUUUAGAGUUCAUGUAAGUAUGUUUGCCUCAAAUCUCUAGGGUUGAGGGAUAUAUUCCCAUUUUUACUUUAUCCAUCUAUUGUUAAUUAUGGUCUAAUAAUGACAUUUUACUUUUAGAUCCAGUUCCUGAGCCUAAAGUGACUUGUGAGCAGAAUGAGCUACUUUUGUGUUCAGUGGACCCUCCAGUGCAGGCAGAAUUUACAUGGUCCGGGCCAAACGGGCUCUCUCAUGUUGGGAAUAGUGUUCAUAUUACUGGAAAACAAAAUGAUGACUCAAUCUAUUACUGCACUGCAAAAAAUGAAGUGAGCCAAAAGGAAGCAGAGUUCAAACUUAGACUGUGUUUCUAAUGGUAAUGCUUUACUUUCCUACUUCGCUUUGCUAAAAGCCUAUAUUGUAUCACUUUGGAGUAGAGCUUUAGAAAAAAAAUUGUCUGAUUUUAUCUGAUGUUUGCUUUUCUUGUCCAUGCUUGCCAAACAGAUGUCAGUCAAUAAAGCUGUUAAUGUCAUUUCACAAUUUCAUAUUUUCAAAUGUAUUAUAACGUAAAUAAAUUAUCAUUCUGAAUUGUU